AUGGCUCGUUUUGGUUUUGCUUCCCUUUUAUUCACAGUGCUGAUGGCACUUGCUACUUUUAGCUAUGUAUCUGCUGCUGUUGGCCCUUUGAUUACUGACAAAGUUUACUUUGAUAUCAAGCAAGGUGAUGAAGAACUCGGUCGUAUCGUGAUUGGUUUGUACGGCAAGACGACCCCCAAUACUGUCAAAAACUUUAAGGAAUUGGCUACUGGUGAACAUGGUUUCGGCUACAAGGGCUCUACUUUCCACCGUGUUAUCAAGAACUUUAUGAUUCAAGGUGGUGACUUUACCAAUGGUGAUGGUACUGGUGGCAAAUCUGUCUUCGGUAGUAAGUUCAAGGAUGAAAACUUCAAGUUGAGACACACUGGUCCUGGUGUUCUUUCUAUGGCUAAUUCUGGUCCUGAUACCAAUGGCUCUCAAUUCUUUAUUACUACUGUUCAAACCCCUUGGUUAAAUGGCAGACAUGUUGUCUUUGGUAAGGUCAUUGAAGGUAUGGAUGUUGUUACCAAGAUCGAAAACUGUGAAAAAGGUUUCAGAGACAGACCCAAGGUUGAUAUUGUCAUUGCUGAUUCAGGUGCUUUGCCUGUUGAAGUUGUUGAACAUGCUGAAUUGUAA